AGUACACGGAGAGAGAGGAAGCAACAUGGCGACUGCGAGCGACCCGAAGCGGGACGCCGGCCAUUCGCUUUGAGCUUUCUCGCGUUAACCGUGUCUCUGGCUUUACUGGACUGCUGCAUCCGUGUCUCUGCGAGUCUAGCUUUCCGUCGGUGCCUGAAAAUUCGAGUUUUCUGCACUUCCGGUGCGCGCUAGGACUGAAAAAGAAAAGAAUAGGUUUUUCUAUGUGUAAUGAGGGGGAGAAGAGGCAGGCCGCCCAAAACCCUGCUGAUGCAGGAGCCUUCUCCAGGGCCGGUGCGCGGUCUCAGACCCCGGAAAGGAUUAAAGGGGAAGAGGAGAGGUGGCAGCGACGACGAAUUUGUGACACCCAAGCGGGGAAACCCUCAUUCAUCGCGGGGCAAAAGGAAAUCUGGAUCCGCGGCAUCGCGGGGUAGAGGCAGGGGCAGAGGAGCUGGACGAGGCAGGGGGAGACGGAGCUCCGCUAACGCCGUGGUUUACGAUGACCACGAGAGCGAGGAAGAGGAGGAUGCGGUGAGUUUAGCCUCGGAGGAGGAUGAGUACAUGGAAGAAGAGCCUCUCUCGGAGGAAGAAGAUGAGGUCAUCGACAACGAGUCGGACUACCUCGAAGAGCUGCCCGAGGAGGAGGAGGAGGAUGAUGCCAGCUACUGCACGGAGAGCAGCCACGGCAGCACUCCAGGCCGGAGGAGACGACGAGCUCGUCGGCCACCCUCUCCCAUCCUGGAGCAGAAAGAGAUCCCUCCCCUGGAGCUGCCCAAGUCCUCAGAGGACCUGCUCAUCCCUCCCGAACAGCUCCUGAACGCCUCAGCAGUGUACGAGGUGCUGCGUACUUUCAGCACAGUGUUACGCCUCUCGCCCUUUCGCUUUGAGGACUUCUGCGCAGCGCUGGCAGGCCAGGAGCAGUGUGCGCUUCUGGCCGAGACACAUAUAGCGUUGCUCAAGGCCAUCUUGCGUGAGGAGGACUCCUCCAACACCACUUUUGGGCCAGCUGACCUCAAGGACAGCGUCAACUCUACACUGUACUUUGUGGACGGCAUGACGUGGCCUGAGGUGGUGCGAGCGUACUGUGAGAGCGAACCCGAAUACGGUGGCGCCGCACUCGAGCACCUGGAGGCUGACGAGUACCCUUACGGCCCGCUUGAAAGCAAGGUGAAGGUGCUGCAGUUCCUUGUGGACCGCUUUCUCACCACUAAUAUGGCCCGUGAAGAGCUGAUGAGCGAAGGAGCCGUGCAGUACGACGACCACUGCCGCGCCUGCCACCGUCUCGGUGACCUGCUCUGCUGCGAAACGUGCUCAGCUGUCUACCAUCUCGAGUGUGUGCGGCCGCCUCUGGAGGCUGUGCCCGAGGAUGAGUGGCAGUGUGAGAUAUGUGUAGCACAUCGUGUGCCCGGGGUCAGUGACUGCAUCACUGAGGCCCAGAGGAGCCGCCCGUACCUGCGACAGGAGCCCAUCGGCUACGACCGGCACCAGCGGAAGUACUGGUUCCUCAAUCGCCGGAUUAUUGUGGAGGAAGACGGUGAUGAGGAAGGGAAGAGGAUCUGGUACUACAGCACUAAAGUGCAGCUGAGUGAGCUGAUCGAGGUCCUGGAUAAGGAAUUCUGGGAGAAUGACCUCUGUGCUAUGCUGGAGGAGCUGAAAGAGGAGAUUUACGUGCACAUGGACAUCACGGAGGACCUCACUAACAAGGCCCGUGGCAACAACAAGGCCUACCUCACUGUCGUCAACGAUGAGAUCCUGGAAAAGCAGAAGACUCGCCAGGCAGAACUCGAUGAGGCAAAGCAGAAAGCUUCAGAGAAGGACGGUCUUGGGUCAAAGGUCAACGAGGGGUCCGAAGGUGAUAACCCUGUCUCGUCUAUUACCGAACUGUCUUCUUUACGACCGGACUCUGAAGACGGGAACUCGGCCUGUGACAAGCUUGAGGCUGACGCCCCAGCUCCUCCUGCUGGUGAAGAGAGUAACAGUGUGUGUGGGCGCUCUCAGGCCGACUCCUCCGGUCCGUCUAAAGCUGACCCUUCAUCUACAUCCACUGCAGAAAACUCUGGGGAAGGGGCACAGAGGGAAUGGGCAGAAAAAAGCUCGGAGUCGAGUUGCGGAGGCAGUGGAGAGCCCGUCCUGGAGAGCGAGCCACCGCAGAUCGCCGACGAGAACAGCUGCAGCAGUCACUUCUCUAUUUCCGACUGCUUGAGGGCUCCUGAGGAGCCUGACCUCAUAGACCGCUCCUCUCAAUCCUCCCUAAACAGCCAGGAUGAUGCCGGUGAGAGUAAAGGAAAUGGCGAUGGUGGAAAGACGGGGUCGGCAACACGCAUGGUGACGCGUCUCCGAAACCCGGACAGCAAAUUGAGCCAGCGCAAGGUCAUGCAGGACAAGGAUGCCAGCUCACAGGACAGUAAAGCACUUAAAGAGACUCCUCUACUGUCGAGCUUGGUCAGGAAAGACCUAGGCCUGAAGACCAGCUCCAGCAGCGGUUACUUCAAGCUUGGCCAAGAGGGCAAAUUCCGCGUCUACCAUAACCAGUACAGCACAAACGCUCUGGCACUUAACAAACACCAGCACCGGGAGGACCACGACAAACGACGGCACCUCUCACACAAGUUCUGUAUGACUCCCGCCGGCGAGUUCAAGUGGAACGGCUCACUGCACGGCUCCAAAAUGCUGACCAUAUCCACACUGAGGCUUACCAUCAUCCAGCUGGAGAACAAUAUCCCUGCACCCUUCCUGCAUCCCAACUGGGCAUCACACAGGUCCAACUGGAUAAAGGCUGUCCAGAUGUGCAGCAAAGCAAGAGAAUUUGCCUUGGCUUUGGCUAUUCUGGAGUGUGCAAUCAAACCAGUGGUCAUGCUUCCAAUGUGGAAGGAUUCUCUCGGUCACACAAGGCUCCACCGAAUGACCGCUAUGGAGCGGGAGGAGAAGGAGAAGGUGAAAAAGAGAGAGAAAAAGCUGGAGGAUGAAGAGACGAUGCAGCAGGCGACAUGGGUGAAAUACACAUUCCCCAUUAAGCAUCAGGUGUGGAAACAGAAGGGUGAGGAGUACAGAGUGACUGGUUAUGGUGGCUGGAGCUGGGUCAGUAAAACCCAUGUCCCACGUUUUGUCCCCAGAUUACCUGGAAACACAAAUGUCAACUAUCGAAAAGCACUUGAAGCAGCUAAUACUGGCAAGGAAAGUCAGACAUCCUGCCCAGAAAAAUGCCUAAACCCGAUCCCUGAAACCCCAAAGGAACACUCAUCUGAAGAGGAGCAAACACUCAAAGAGACGGAGGAACAAAAGGAAGAAAAGAUGGAGGUAGACGAGAAGACUAUGUCUACGAGUGAUGAGCUUGACAAAAAUGAAUCUUCUGAAAAGAUGGACACGAGCACCCCUGACAUCACUAGCCCCAGCGAAGAAAAAGUUAAUAUUAAAAGCACACCUUCACCUUUGAAGAAUGAUCAGUGUGUGAAAAAGGAAUCUAGCGAUUGUGAAGAGUCCAAAGUCAGUGCAGCAGUUCAGCCUCAGGUGUCAUUUGAAGAUGAUGUUGUUAACGUCAGCCAGGGCUUUCAGCUGCGCACAGCUUACAAAAAGAAGGGCAAAGGAUCAAAGCUGGAUGGUCUUUUGGAGCGGCGGGUCAAGCAGUUCACUUUGGAGGAGCGGCAGAGGCUGGAGAAGCUCAAGCAAGUUGGUGCCUCAAAACCCACCACUGAAAAUGGGACAAAGGAUCAGGAGAAGACCAGUCCGUCUCUGACCCAGGAGCUUAAAACUGAAGGAUCCUCUUUUGAAGCUACUAAAACUGUUCUGUCUGAUCAGGCAGUAAACCCGACGGUGAAGGAAAAAGACCCUGUAGUACAAAAGCUUGACUUUGAUCAAGAUGAGAAGGUUCAUGGUUCUUCAGAACAGACUGAAAAUCUUGAUGUCAGACUGGGAUCAAAUUCAAAGACUGAAUCAGCUACAUCUCUGCCAGAAAAAGAGCAGAACGCAGCACCAGAACCACAGCACAAAACGGGGAAUGGCACGUUAAUAACUGACGCAGAGCUUAACGGAGGUUCUCGGAAAGAUCUGGAAGACAGCCUUAAUUCAAACAGCAAAAUGCCAUGCCUGAAAUUUGAGGGUACAGAGAAGAAGGACACAACUGAAAACACUUCUUCCAUGGAAGAGAAUGGCUUAAGUAUAGAAACAAACUUGCCGGUGCACGUCAAUGGCAGAGAUGGUUCAGUGGACUCUCCGCCAACAAAUCUGACCAAUAAUUUCAACUCAAAAGAAAUGAAGCAGGGUGAAGAGGAGGAGACAAAAACACUUCCCUCCAAGGAUCCCGUAAAAUCACUAAUGAAUGGUGACCUGACUCAAGGCAGCCAGAACGACAUAGCUCAGUCUAAUGAGGAGAAGUCAAACUUGGAGUUUCUGGCCUCUCAGAAGGUUGCUAGAAUGGACUGCAACACUGAGGGCAUAGCUGAGUCUGCUGUAAGUUCUUCUCCCUCCCAACUUUCUCCAACAGAAACUGUAAAGUCAGAUGGGCUUAGUAGCAGUACCAGGGUGUCCCCAAUGGAGACUGAAGAGGCCAAGUUGAAAACUUUUAGCCCAUCACCAAUCCUGUCAACAGAGGAGUCUAGCUUAAGUAAUGACGUUGCUGAGAAUAGCACUAACAGUGGUAGUGGGGGCAAGACCAUAAUAACACAAGUGAUCACUACUACCACUACUACCACUACAGUGUCCACCGAAUCACACACUGUUGAAGCAUCCAGCUUGCCUGAUGGUACCACUAACAGUAAAGAUUCUUCAACAUUGACGUCAGCUAAACCGAAAGUGGAAUCCACCAUGUCCGUGUCUACUCUUUCCACUACAACCACCACCAUGGUAACCAACGUAUCAAACCCAAGCCAAGGAGCCAAAGUUACAGAGCAGAGCAAGACCACUGUCACAGCAAUGUUUACUGAUGCUAAAUCAGCACCUUCAAGUACCACUGUAACCUCAGUCACCCUGAGUAAGGAGUUCUCCACCAGAGACAGAGUGCGGUUAUUGAAGUUCUCCCGCUGCAAGAAGACCCGGUCUGGUACAGCUCUGCCUUCAUAUCGCAAGUUUGUAACAAAGAGCAGCAAGAAGAGCAUUUUUGUGCUCCCCAAUGAUGACCUAAAGAAGCUUGCGAGGCGAGCGGGUAUCCGUGAGGUGCCCGUCUUUAAUUACAACGCCAAGCCAGCUUUAGACGUCUGGCCCUAUCCAUCCCCAAGGCCCACUUUUGGAAUCACAUGGAGGUACCGGCUUCAGACCGUAAAGUCUUUGGCUGGAGUGAGUCUGAUGUUACGCCUGCUUUGGGCAUGCCUCAGGUGGGAUGAUAUGUCAGUGAAGCCCUCUCCUGCUGUUGGAACCACACGCACCGAAACAUCGGACACUGAGAUAACAACAACUGAGAUUAUCAAGCGAAGAGAUGUAGGACCUUAUGGCAUCCGCUCAGAGUAUUGCAUUAGGAAAAUUAUUUGCCCCCUAGGUGUGCCCGAGACUCCCAAAGAGACCCCCACACCCCAAAGAAAGGGUCUGCGCUCAAGUGCUCUGCGGCCAAAGAAACCAGAGCCCUCUAAGCAGACAGGACCUGUCGUGAUUGAGAAAUGGGUGCCAGAGGAGGACCUGGAACUUUGGGAGAUUCGAGCCUUUACUGAAAGGGUUGAGAGGGAAAAGGCUCAAGCAACAGACCCAAGUAAGGUUACUGUCCAGAAGACAGCUGAGGAGGUCAAGGCCCAAUUGGAAGCUCAAUUAAAGCAGCAGAGAUUGGCAGCCCAGCAGAAACGUUUGGAGCAGCAGAAAACUGGAACAACCACAACUCCAUCCAACUUGAGCAGCACACCUACCAGCACUGCAUCAUCCACCCAGAAGGUGGUGGUAGGUUCUCUGGGCAGUCCAGUCACCCCUGGGACAAAAGUGGUGCUUGCCACCAAGCUAGGUACUCCGGUGCAAUUUCAGCAGGGCAAGAACUUCCAGCAGUCCUUUGCCUCCUGGGUCAAGCAGGGCCAAAGCAAUGCAGCCUCCACUACUUCCGUUACCACAGUGGCGGCGAGUAGUGUCAGCACGUCUGGGCAAACGUUCCAGAUCGCUGCUGCGUCAGGCUUGAUGACUGGCAAUGUCAUCACCGCCAAACUGCCUCUGCCGGCCAACAGCAAGAUAGUCACAGUGAAUGUGCCAACCACGCAAGGAGGUGUUGUCCAGGUGCAGCAGAAGGUUGUUGGCAUCAUUCCAUCCAGUACAGCAGCCACAGCUCAGUCAUUCUCCUCAUUCCAGCCCCGUACGGGCACAGUCAACAUCCGACCUAACACCAGCAACUCCACACAGCAAGCUACCACUGCUGGAACCCCUGUCCGGCCUGGGAUGACGGUGGUUCGUUCACCCCUCCAACAGGCCACAACUUUGGGCAAGACCAUCAUACGCACACCUCUAAUGGUUCAACAAGGCCAAGGUCAGCAGGUGGUAACUCAGAUCAUCCGAGGAACACCUGUAUCAAAGGCUGUGAGCAGCAGUUCCCCAGCGCAGGUGGUGGGUUCUCCCCCUCUACCCUCUACUCCUGGGCAGCCCCAGACUCCACAUGCUCCCAGCACCACCCGACCACAGCAAGGCCAAGUUAAACUCACCCUGGCUCAGCUAACACAGCUCACGCAAGGAGCUCAGGGUGGGAAUCCAGGUUUGACUGUAGUGAUCCAAGGUCAGGGGCAGACUACAGGGCAGCUGCAGGUCAUACCGCAGGGUGUGACUGUGAUCCCGGGUCCUGGUCAGCAGCUCAUGCAAGCAGCUAUGCCCAAUGGCCAGGUCCAGCGCUUCCUCUUCACUCCUAUGCCACCAGCAUCAGCUACUCCAGCUCCCACUGUAUCCACACCAAGCACCUCAGCCACUCCCACAAGCAGCACCACACCUGCCGCCGCCACCACCACCGCAGGACCUACAACGCCAGUGAGGCCAGCAAUACAACCUGCAGCCCAAGUAUCACCCAUCAUCCAACCCUCCAGCCUUCCUUCAUCUCCACCCCCUCUUCCUAAAUCCCAACCUAUGCUACAGCCAGCCACCACAUCCCAAACACCACCAUCUCCUGCUCCAGUUCCUACUCUGCAAACUAAAUUUUCUUCACAGGCCCUACUUCAACCACAGUCGCAAGUCCAGCACCAAACACAAUCACAACCACAAAGCCAGUCCCAAGCUCUACAACACCAAACCCAGCCACAAGUCAAAACCCAACCACAGCUUCAAAACCAACUUCAGCAACAAUCCCAAAUCCAGUCCCAACCCCAGCUUCAACCCCAGCUUCAAACCCAGUUGCAGCACCAAGUUCCAUCACAACCCCAAUCACAGCUCCAAAUCCAGUCUCAACAGCAACUCCAACCACAAGUUCAACAGCAAGCCAAACUUCAACCCCUGCAGCAACUUCAACCUCAGCAGCAGACUCAGGCCCAGCCACAACUCCAACUUCAAAUUCAGCCUCAAAAGCAACUCCAGUCUCAAAUCCAACAGCAGCCCCAACUCCAGGCUCAGCUUCAGCCUCAACAGCAGCCCCAACUCCAGGCUCAGCUUCAGCCUCAACAGCAGCCCCAACUCCAGACGCAACUUCAGCCUCAGCAGCAGCCCCAACCACAGGCACAACUUCAGCUUCAACAGCAAACCCAACUCCAACUUCAGCCUCAACAGCAACUCCAAUCACAGCCACAGCUUCAGUCCCAACAGAAACCCCUUCUCCAGACACAGCCACAACUUCAACCCCAACAGCAACCUCAAAUCCAUUCUCAGCUGCAACUUCAGCCUCAGCAGCAACCCCAACACCAUCCCCAGCUGCAACAUCAGACUCAACAGCCACAACUCCUCCCUCAGCAGCCUUCCCAUGUCCAGUCAACCCCACAACAGCAGCCACAAACUCAAUCUCAUUUGCCUGCCCAAACCCCAGUCCAGCCCACUUCCCACUUACCGGUGUCUCAUGUAGCCCAAGUGACUUCACCCCCAACACAGGUAGCCUCCAUUGCUGUAGCUCCACAGGUAACCCAGACCACGGUAACUCAGGUUCGGCCUCAGAUCCAGCUCCCUGCCCAGCUUCUUAGUGUUCCAGGGAUCCAGCAGCAAGUCCUGUCCCAGAUCCAGAACCAAGUAGCAGCACAGCUUCAGGCCCAGCAUGGUACCCUUCCCCAGCAGAUCAAACUGCAGCUUCCUAUCCAGAUCCAACAGCAGGGUGGAGGCCAGGUGCAAACACAUCAAAUCCAGAAUGUGGUGACUAUCCAGACGGCCAGCGUCCAGGAGCAGCUCCAGCGCAUCCAGCAGCUGCGAGAUCAGCAGCAGCAGAAGAAGAAGCAGCAAGAGGCUAAGAGGGAACAAGCUCAACAGGCUGCCAGCCAGAGCGAGCUGCUGCAGAAGCAGGUGGUCAUGAAGCAGAAUGCAGUCAUAGAACACUUAAAGCAGAAGAAAGCCAUGACGCCAGCAGAGAGGGAGGAGAAUCAGAGGAUGAUCGUGUGUAAUCAGGUGAUGAAGUUCAUACUGGAUAAGAUUGACAAAGAUGAAAAGCAGGCAGCCAAAAAGCGGAAGCGGGAGGAAUCAGUGGAGCAGAAGCGCAGCAAACAGAACGCCAGCAAGCUCUCGGCUCUGCUCUUUAAACACAAAGAGCAACUGAAAGCUGAGAUUUUGAAGAAGAGAGCACUGCUGGAUAAGGAGCUACAAGUGGAGGUGCAGGAGGAGCUGAGGAGAGAUCUGAGCAAGCUGAGAAGAGAAAAGGAGAAAGCCCAGGCUGCAGCAUCUCAAGCAGCCGCCACAGCCAUUAGUGCCCAGGCGGCCUCUCUCUCCACACACUCCUCCACCGUCACGUCGCCUCCCUCCAGCCAUAAACGCAAACGAGACGAGGAGCGAGACGCAGCCUUGUCUAAGAGCAAGAAGAAGAAGAUGAUCUCCACCUCAUCGAAGGACAGCAAGAGAGACACAAAACUCUACUGUGUAUGCAAAACGCCCUACGAUGAAUCCAAGUUUUAUAUUGGCUGUGAUCUCUGUUCGAACUGGUACCAUGGUGAGUGUGUGGGCAUCACAGAGAAGGAGGCCAAGAAGAUGGAUGAUUACAUCUGUAUGGAAUGUAAAAGGGCACAGGAAGGCAGCACAGAGGAGCUCUAUUGCAUCUGUAGAACACCAUAUGACGAGUCCCAGUUCUACAUUGGCUGUGACCGCUGCCAGAACUGGUACCAUGGACGCUGUGUGGGCAUACUGCAGAGCGAGGCGACUCACAUUGACGAAUAUGUUUGCCCUCAGUGUCAGUCUACAGAGGAGGCAAUGACCGUGCUGUCGCCGCUCACAGAUAAGGAUUACGAGGGUUUGAAGCGAAUCCUCCGAUCCUUACAGGCCCACAAAAUGGCUUGGCCAUUUCUGGAACCAGUGGACCCUAAUGAUGCUCCAGAUUAUUAUGGCGUCAUAAAGGAACCGAUGGAUUUAUCCACCAUGGAACAGCGGAUACAGAAACGAUUUUACAGCAAGCUAACGGAAUUUGUAGCGGACAUGACCAAAAUUUUCGAUAACUGCCGCUACUACAACCCCAGCGACUCACCUUUUUACCAGUGUGCCGAGUUCUUGGAAUCCUUCUUUGUACAGAAACUCAAAGCUUUCAAAGCAAGCAGAUUGAUGUCUUGAGUCUGACCGUAUAGCUGGAAUCUAUGCUGAAGGGGGUGGAGUUUCUCUUUUAUAGAUACAUGGAACUUGCUGUUUUAUGAGCAGCUGAAACUCCACAUGAUUUUUAUAUUUAAGUUAAUUAAGUCCUUUUUUUUUUUCUUUUCAUCACAAGGGGUAGGGGGAGACGUGUUAAAGGCCAAAAGUAUCCCAAGCAUGGCUUCAUUGACGAUCACAGAAUGGCAGCCAUGUUGUUAAAUCAUAAAUACAAGAGAUAGGACUUGAGUGCAUAUAAUGUUAUGUGGAUUUUUUUUUUUUUUGUUAAUAAUGUUCACGUAUUAGUGAUUCUGAUAUUUUAUUUGUAUAUGCCUAACAACGAUGCCUUGUUUUCCUCAAAUGUGUUUACUUAAUGUGGCACUGGUAAAAUAUUUUGUAUAUUUUUAUUGUAAGAUGGAUUGGAUUUAGUCUCUUAGCCUUUUUCUGGUUUAUCUGCUUGUCCUGGACUUCAUGCAUUUAUCGGUUUAUCAUGUGUACCCCCGCAGGUGAACAAAUCAUUGCUCAUCAUUCAUCUGCAAUAUUUUGUCAGCGAAAUAGUAAUAAAAAGUUCGUAUUUAAAACGUGGUAGAUUCUGGUUUUAAAUCCUUUUGUGAAGGGUUUUAUGUUAAACGGCGAUACAGAAUUGGAGAUUGGAAUAUUUUGUAUAGUGUUGCUAUCCAGACUUUACUAUGAUAUUUCACUUCCUUUUAUUGGUUUUCCCCCCUCCCAAUAUACAAGCUGCCAGUGACCCACAUCAUAUUUAGCUACAAAAUUACCUCCAGAUACGAUUCAGUUCUUGAAUUGAGACAGGGCUUUCCUUGCAGAUUUCUGCCAACAUGGCUGCCAUGUCCACGCCCAUCCCAUCCCAUCUCACAUCAUCACCCAGACAAUGCAUACGUGUCUUUUAGCUAUCUGUCUCAUUUUCAUUUAGUUCGUCUUGUGUGUGUUUUGUUUCGUUUUUUUCCCCCUCGUGUCUUGUCCGCUGUUCAAUAAAAAACAUCAAACAGCUUCACUUCAGUUUGCUCUCUUUUGUAUUCUGUAGGUCUCAUAACAACAAACUACAGUCUUCAGCUUCAUAGAAUACAACCACAUGUGGUGCUAAGGCACGUCUGUAAAGGACAUGUUUUGGGGAAGGGGAGGGAGGAGGGGGGGGGACUGAACAGUCGAUCCAAGGGAACCAGGCAUCUUCUGUGUCAACGAUGCCCUACACAUUCUUCAUUUUCUUUCUCUCUCGACCCAAACCGAUGGUUCUUCCCCAGUCAACCAGCAACGCACACGACUGCAGUGUUUAAAGCAGCGUCUCUUUGACAUGCCCUGCUCUCUGACUGUGGAGCGAACAGGCAGCAGAGGGAUUACAUGAAGCAUUUUUGUAACAUUUGUUACCUCAAAGCAAUGACUUUUGGAUGGAACUUCGUGUUUUUUCUUUUUUUUUUUUUUUUUCUUUUUUUUCUUUUUCUUUUUGUUUUUUUAAUCAUAUUUGCAUAAUCCAGGGUCCAGGUCUUACAUAUACCUUUCAUGACAAUAGACAAUGACAUGUUUUCAUGUGAUGUGCAAGAAUUAGGUGGAUCCUGGACACAACUGACUGUGUUUGACAAGCAGUUGGUUUUGUGGUGGAUUAGCGUUCAGGAUGCCUGAAAGAGGAAACUUUAUUCAGAUGCAGGUUUUUAGCUGUUUCAUGCCAAGUGACUAAAGCAGCCGAUAAACCGAGCUCGGUCGUGAGGCAUUCUGUUUGUAUGUCUAUUCUUCCUUUUUCUUUCUUUUUUUUGUAAUACAGCUGAAGAAAUAUUGAUGUAUAUGAAUCGUAAAUAAAUGGAAAGAGUUCUCUUUCUCACACUGA